AUGGCUUAUUCAAAUCAUAGCCAAAGUGGUAGUACCAGUUCCUCUGGCUCUGUGGCCAGUGAUAAGGUAUUCUAUGAUAUCAAUCAAAAUGAGAUUAUUGAGGGGUCAAAUGCAAGCUUUGAAACGGAGGAUCUCGCUCCUCUUGCGGUAGACCAUAUUUUCCAGAAUGCUGAAAAGUGCAAGACUUGGAAUGCUGUUUAUAAAAAGGCCCAGUACGAAGGUUUGCAUCAUUUCGACCCGACCUUUGUUUGGACAAAGAAGGAGGAGCGCUCUGUGCUUCUCCGAACUGAACUACGCGUCACCUUUGUCGCAUUUCUCUUGUUUGUUGCCCUUGAUAUAGAUCGGUACAACAUGGCCAACGCAACAGCAGGAACUAUUUUGAAAGAUCUCAAGUUGACAACAAAUGAUUACAACCUUGGUUCUACCGUGAACCUUGUCUGCUUUCUGGCUUCGGAGCUUCCCUCGCAGCUUUUGUCCAAAAAGAUCGGCCCCGACCGUUGGAUUCCGAUUCAGCUCACUGCAUGGUCGCUAGUCGCUACAUUCCAGUGCUUCAUGCAAAAUAAGGCUGGAUUCCUAGUUUGUCGCGGACUCUUGGGAGCUCUUCAGGGCGGGUUUAUUCCAGACGUUUCUCUCUGGAUAUCUUAUUUCUAUACAAAUUCCGAGAUGUCAACCCGUCUCGGUUACUUUUACAUUGCCAAUCCACUAACACAAGCUUUGGCUUCCUUACUAUCUUACGGUAUCUUCUCCCUUCAUGGUCACAGCGGUUGGGCAGGCUGGCGAUGGGUUUUCAUGAUUGAAGGCCUGAUAACGCUUGUGCUAGGUAUUUCUGCGUUCUUCCUGAUGCCGCCUUCUGUUACUCAGACCAAGGUCUGGUUUCGGCCAAAUGGAUGGUAUACAGAGCGCCAAGAAAAGAUCCUCGUAAACCGUGUCCUUCGAGAUGAUCCGUCUAAAGGUGACAUGCACAAUAGAGAAGCGCUCACUUUUGGUAUGAUUUGGAAAAGUAUUACCGACUAUGACCUAUGGCCAGUUUAUGUGUGUCGGUUACUCACCGAUAUCAUUGGAACGCCAAUUUCCAAGUACCAAGCAAUUUUGUAUCGCUCGCAGGGGUUUUCGACUAUGAAAACUAAUCUGUUGAUGAUUCCACCGAACAUUCUCACUAUAUUUACGCUAUUGGCCUCUGUUCACCUGUCCAAAUGGUCGCGUCAGUUUGCGUAUGUCUACUGCUUUUCUGCCUUGUGGUGGAUACCCUGCCUAGCCGCAAUGCGUUGGUGGCCCGGGUUCCUCCACAAUGUUUGGGGUUCUUAUGCACUUAUUUUCAUUGGCCUUGGUGCACCUCCCGACUGGCCCCUUUCUAUCUCCUGGGUUUCGGCAAAUUCAUAUUCGGUGCGAACUAGAACUGUCUCAGGUGCUCUCGUCAACAUCGCCUCGCAGCUUGCAGCAAUUAUUGGCGCCAACAUCUUCCGCAAGGACGAUGCCCCACGCUACCAGCGUGGUGUUAAGCAGCUCUUCGGAAUUGCCGUCACCAGUUUUUUCGUGCCCUUCUUGGUUAAAUGUUAUUAUAUGGCAAGAAAUAAUUGGAAAUCCCGAAAGUGGGCCAACCUGUCACUGGAGGACCAGGCGGAGUACGACCAUAAAAACGUCGCAGAGGGUAACAAGCGAUUAGAUUUUUUGUUUGUUCAUUGA